AUGGGAAUAAAUUUGAAAAUCCGGUGCCAGUGUGGGAAUACUGGUCAUAGCGUUGCUGAGGAUGAUAUCUGGAGGACAUUGCCGUCGUCGAAAGCGAGCAGUUCUGGCCGGAAGAAGAAAGUAUUUUGCAAAUGGGUCAGUAAGGAAGAGUUUGAACAGGAGCGGAACACCUUUAACGAGAGACUCGUCAGUGCACUACAUUCGGCCUCGGCACAACUUCCUGUCAGCACCUUUAACGAGAGACUCAUCAGUGCACUACAUUCGGCCCCGGCAUACCUUCCUGUCAGCACCCUUAACGAGAGACUCGUCAAUGCACUACAUUCGGCCUCGGCACACCUUCCUGUCAGCACCUUUAACGAGAGACUCGUCAGUGCACUACAUUCAGCCCCGGCACACCUUCCUGUCAGCACCCUUAACGAGAGACUCGUCAGUGCACUACAUUCGGCCCCGGCAUACCUUCCUGUCAGCACCUUUAACGAGAGACUCGUCAGUGCACUACAUUCAGCCCCGACACAGCUUCCUGUCAGCACCUUUAACGAGAGACUCGUCAAUGCACUACAUUCAGCCCCGACACAGCUUCCUGUCAGCACCUUUAACGAGAGACUCGUCAGUGCACUACAUUCAGCCCCGACACAGCUUCCUGUCAGCACCUUUAACGAGAGACUUGUCAGUGCACUACAUUCAGCCUCGGCACACCCUGUCAGCACCUUUAACGAGAGACUCGUCAGUGCACUACAUUCAGCCCCGACACAGCUUCCUGUCAGCACCUUUAACGAGAGACUCGUCAGUGCACUACAUUCGGCCCCGACACAGCUUCCUGUCAGCACCUUUAACGAGAGACUCGUCAGUGCACUACAUUCGGCCUCGGUACAACUUCCUGUCAGCACCCUUAACGAGAGACUCAUCAGUGCACUACAUUCGGCCUCGUUACAACUUCCUGUCAGCACCCUUAACGAGAGACUCGUCAGUGCACUACAUUCGGCCUCGGUACACCUUCCUGUCAGCACCCUUUACGAGAGACUCGUCAGUGCACUACAUUCGGCCUCGGUACACCUUCCUGUCAGCACCCUUAACGAGAGACUCGUCAGUGCACUACAUUCGGCCUCGGUACAACUUCCUGUUAGCACCCUUAACGAGAGACUCGUCAGUGCACUACAUUCGGCCUCGGCACAACUUCCUGUCAGCACCCUUAACGAGAGACUCGUCAGUGCACUACAUUCGGCCUCGGCACAACUUCCUGUCAGCACCCUUAACGAGAGACUCGUCAGUGCACUACAUUCGGCCUCGGUACAACUUCCUGUCAGCACCCUUAACGAGAGACUCGUCAGUGCACUACAUUCGGCCCCGGCAGACCUUCCUGUCAGCACCCUUAACGAGAGACUCGUCAAUGCACUACAUUCGGCCCCGGCACACCUUCCUGUCAGCACCAUUAACGAGAGACUCGUCAAUGCACUACAUUCGGCCUUGGUACAACUUCCUGUCAGCACCAUUAACGAGAGACUCGUCAGUGCACUACAUUCGGCCUCGGCACAACUUCCUGUCAGCACCCUUAACGAGAGACUCGUCAGUGCACUACAUUCGGCCCCGGCACACCUUCCUGUCAGCACCCUUAACGAGAGACUCGUCAGUGCACUACAUUCGGCCUCGGCACAACUUCCUGUCAGCACCCUUAACGAGAGACGCGUCAGUGCACUACAUUCGGCCUCGGUACACCUUCCUGUCAGCACCCUUAACGAGAGACGCGUCAGUGCACUACAUUCGGCCUCGGUACAACUUCCUGUCAGCACCCUUAACGAGAGACUCGUCAGUGCACUACAUUCGGCCUCGGUACAACUUCCUGUCAGCACCCUUAAAGAGAGACUCUGCACUACAUUCGGCCUCGGUACAAACAUCAGUGCACUACAUUCGGCCCCGGCACACCUUCCUGUCAGCACCCUUAACGAGAGACUCGUCAGUGCACUACAUUCGGCCUCGGUACAACUUCCUGUCAGCACACUUAACGAGAGACUCAUCAGUGCACUACAUUCGGCCCCGGCACACCUUCCUGUCAGCACCCUUAACGAGAGACUCGUCAGUGCACUACAUUCGGCCCCGGUACAACUUCCUAUCAGCACCCUUAACGAGAGACUCGUCAGUGCACUACAUUUGACCUCGGUACAACUUCCUGUCAGCACCCUUAACGAGAGACUCGUCAGUGCACUACAUUCGACCCCGGCACACCUUCCUGUCAGCACCCUUAACGAGAGACUCAUCAGUGCACUACAUUCGACCUCGGUACACCUUCCUGUCAGCACCCUUAACGAGAGACUCAUCAGUGCACUACAUUCGACCUCGGUACACCUUCCUGUCAGCACCCUUAACGAGAGACUCGUCAGACUCGUCAGUGCACUACAUUCGGCCUCGGCACAACUUCCUGUCAGCACCUUUAACGAGAGACUCAUCAGUGCACUACAUUCGGCCCCGGCAUACCUUCCUGUCAGCACCCUUAACGAGAGACUCGUCAAUGCACUACAUUCGGCCUCGGCACACCUUCCUGUCAGCACCUUUAACGAGAGACUCGUCAGUGCACUACAUUCGGCCCCGGCACACCUUCCUGUCAGCACCCUUAACGAGAGACUCGUCAGUGCACUACAUUCGGCCCCGGCAUACCUUCCUGUCAGCACCUUUAACGAGAGACUCGUCAGUGCACUACAUUCGGCCCCGGCACACCUUCCUGUCAGCACCCUUAACGAGAGACUCGUCAGUGCACUACAUUCGGCCUCGGUACACCUUCCUGUCAGCACCUUUAACGAGAGACUCGUCAGUGCACUACAUUCGGCCUCGGUACACCUUCCUGUCAGCACCUUUAACGAGAGACUCGUCAGUGCACUACAUUCGCCCGCGGCACACCUUCCUGUCAGCACCUUUAACGAGAGACUCGUCAGUGCACUACAUUCGGCCUCGGUACACCUUCCUGUCAGCACCUUUAACGAGAGACUCGUCAGUGCACUACAUUCGGCCGCGGUACACCUUCCUGUCAGCACCCUUAACGAGAGACUCGUCAGUGCACUACAUUCGGCCCCGGCACACCUUCCUGUCAGCACCUUUAACGAGAGACUCGUCAGUGCACUACAUUCGGCCUCGGUACACCUUCCUGUCAGCACCCUUAACGAGAGACUCGUCAGUGCACUACAUUCGACCCCGGCAUACCUUCCUGUCAGCACCCUUAACGAGAGACUCGUCAGUGCACUACAUUUGACCUCGGUACAACUUCCUGUCAGCACCCUUAACGAGAGACUCGUCAGUGCACUACAUUCGACCCCGGCACACCUUCCUGUCAACACCCUUAACGAGAGACUCAUCAGUGCACUACAUUCGACCUCGGUACACCUUCCUGUCAGCACCCUUAACGAGAGACUCAUCAGUGCACUACAUUCGACCUCGGUACACCUUCCUGUCAGCACCCUUAACGAGAGACUCGUCAGACUCGUCAGUGCACUACAUUCGGCCUCGGCACAACUUCCUGUCAGCACCUUUAACGAGAGACUCAUCAGUGCACUACAUUCGGCCCCGGCAUACCUUCCUGUCAGCACCCUUAACGAGAGACUCGUCAAUGCACUACAUUCGGCCUCGGCACACCUUCCUGUCAGCACCUUUAACGAGAGACUCGUCAGUGCACUACAUUCAGCCCCGGCACACCUUCCUGUCAGCACCCUUAACGAGAGACUCGUCAGUGCACUACAUUCGGCCCCGGCAUACCUUCCUGUCAGCACCUUUAACGAGAGACUCGUCAGUGCACUACAUUCGGCCCCGGCACACCUUCCUGUCAGCACCCUUAACGAGAGACUCGUCAGUGCACUACAUUCGGCCUCGGCACACCUUCCUGUCAGCACCCUUAACGAGAGACUCGUCAGUGCACUACAUUCGGCCUCGGUACACCUUCCUGUCAGCACCUUUAACGAGAGACUCGUCAGUGCACUACAUUCGGCCUCGGUACACCUUCCUGUCAGCACCUUUAACGAGAGACUCGUCAGUGCACUACAUUCGGCCGCGGCACACCUUCCUGUCAGCACCUUUAACGAGAGACUCGUCAGUGCACUACAUUCGACCUCGGUACACCUUCCUGUCAGCACCUUUAACGAGAGACUCGUCAGUGCACUACAUUCGGCCGCGGUACACCUUCCUGUCAGCACCCUUAACGAGAGACUCGUCAGUGCACUACAUUCGGCCCCGGCACACCUUCCUGUCAGCACCUUUAACGAGAGACUCGUCAGUGCACUACAUUCGGCCGCGGUACACCUUCCUGUCAGCACCCUUAACGAGAGACUCGUCAGUGCACUACAUUCGACCCCGGCAUACCUUCCUGUCAGCACCCUUAACGAGAGACUCGUCAAUGCACUACAUUCGGCCCCGGCACAACUUCCUGUCAGCACCCUUAACGAGAGACUCGUCAGUGCACUACAUUCGGCCCCGGCACACCUUCCUGUCAGCACCCUUAACGAGAGACUCGUCAGUGCACUACAUUCGGCCCCGGCACACCUUCCUGUCAGCACUCUUAACGAGAGACGCGUCAGUGCACUACAUUCGGCCCCGGCACACCUUCCUGUCAGCACCCUUAACGAGAGACUCGUCAGUGCACUACAUUCGGCCCCGGCACACCUUCCUGUCAGCACCCUUAACGAGAGACUCGUCAGUGCACUACAUUCGGCCUCGGCACACCUUCCUGUCAGCACCCUUAACGAGAGACUCGUCAAUGCACUACAUUCGGCCUCGGCACACCUUCCUGUCAGCACCCUUAACGAGAGACUCGUCAAUGCACUACAUUCGGCCUCGGUACAACUUCCUGUCAGCACCCUUAACGAGAGACUCAUCAGUGCACUACAUUCGGCCCCGGCAACACCUUCCUGUCAGCACCCUUAA